AUGUUCUCCGGCCGAAUGGAGGGAGCCCGCAGGGGACGGUCCUUCGACUCCAUGAACUCCAGCUUCGAGGAGAACCAGCUGAAUAACGAGUUAAAUAAGUCAAAUUACACAAUGAUUGAAGACAAUAAGGAGAACAAAGACAAUUCAGCUGAAAGAGGUAGAGCAGCUGUCAUUUUUUCCUUAAAGAAUGAAGUUGGAGGACUUGUAAAAGCGCUAAAACUCUUUCAGGAGAAACAUGUAAAUCUGAUGCACAUCGAGUCCCGAAAGUCAAGGCGAAGAAAUUCAGAGUUUGAGAUCUUUGUGGACUGCGAUAGUAACAUGGAACAACUGAAUGAGAUCUUCCACCUACUGAAAUCCCACGUCAAUAUUGUAUCCGUGAACCCCACAGAUAAUGUCACUGUGCAGGAGGAUGACAUGGAGAAUACACCCUGGUUUCCUAAGAAGAUCUCAGAUUUGGAUAAAUGUGCGAACCGUGUUCUGAUGUAUGGGUCUGAAUUGGAUGCCGACCAUCCAGGUUUCAAAGACAAUGUCUAUCGUAAGAGGCGAAAGUAUUUUGCAGACUUAGCUAUGAACUACAAACACGGUGACCCAAUCUCCAAGAUUGAAUUCACUGAGGAGGAGAUUAAGACUUGGGGCACUGUAUUCAGAGAGCUCAACAAGCUGUACCCAACUCAUGCCUGCAGAGAGUACCUUAAAAACUUACCCUUACUCACCAAAUACUGUGGGUACCGAGAAGACAAUAUCCCCCAGCUGGAAGAUGUAUCGCGCUUCCUGAAAGAGCGCACAGGUUUCACCAUCCGUCCAGUUGCUGGAUAUUUGUCACCCAGAGAUUUCUUGGCAGGCUUAGCAUUCAGAGUUUUUCACUGCACUCAGUAUGUUAGGCACAGCUCGGACCCUCUCUACACCCCAGAGCCCGAUACCUGUCAUGAACUCCUGGGUCAUGUCCCACUCUUGGCUGAACCCAGUUUUGCUCAGUUCUCCCAGGAAAUUGGCCUGGCAUCGCUUGGGGCAUCAGAUGAGGCUGUUCAAAAACUGGCAACAUGCUACUUCUUCACUGUGGAGUUUGGUUUAUGUAAGCAAGAGGGACAGCUACGAGUCUAUGGGGCUGGUUUACUUUCUUCCAUCAGUGAGCUCAAGCAUGCUCUCUCUGGCAAUGCCAAAGUCAAGUCCUUUGAUCCUAAGGUGACCUGCAAGCAAGAAUGCAUCAUCACAACUUUCCAGGAAGUCUACUUCGUUUCUGAAAGUUUUGAAGAAGCAAAGGAAAAGAUGAGAGAGUUUGCAAAAACAAUCAAGCGCCCGUUUGGAGUAAAGUACAACCCAUAUACGCAAAGCAUACAGAUCCUGAAAGACACCAAGAGCAUUGCUAGUGUGGUGAAUGAGCUGCGUCAUGAAUUGGACAUUGUCAGCGAUGCCCUCAACAAGAUGGGCAAGCAACUGGGCAUCUAA